AUGGCGCAGACUCUCGUAGACGACGUUGAACCCCGGGACUACCUAGCCUUCUGGAUGAACCCCAAAGCCGAAGGUCACAUGAUCGGAUUCUGCUACAUGCGCAUGCCCUACAAGGAAGCGCGAGUUCUCGAAAACUACACCAAGUCAGCAGGAUCCUUCCCCGAAGACGACGAAAAACGCGUGUAUUUCCUGACACUUGCACUUGAGGCACUCUGGGGGCGCGAAGGCCCAGUGAAGGAGACGCUCCCCGUGGCGGAGAAGGCUAAGAAAUCUAUCCCGAAGAUGAAGAGAAGCUGGGAGCACUCGGCGAUGUCUAAACGGCGCCAUGCCUCCAUUACCCUCAUGUUGCAGUUUGAGAAGCAAGUGAGGGAAGGUGAUCAAUUCUGGGCGAACGACCAUGGAUUUCUUCGCAAAGCCCAGAUGCCAUGA